AUGUAUGAGACUGCAAGCAAUGCAGAUGCGGAAUCCUCUGAAACGCUGGACGUAGACGACGUGGCCUACUGCAACCGCCUGCGCUACGUGCGACAGCAAAGGCUGCACGCCCGAGAGAUGCGAGAGGCGCUAUUCUUAUACGAGCAGAGAAAGAGUUCCAAGCAGCAGAUAGAGACGAGGUCUGUAGACGACGUGAGUUUCCAGGAAUUUUUCGAGUUGUAUGCGGCGAAGACUCGUCCGGUGGUGCUGCAGCUGAAGGAGAACGAGAAGGACCCGGUGGCGCAACUGCUGGGACUGCACACCAUCAGCGAUGCAGAAGAUGCCACUAGUCAGAGCACGAUGGAGGAGUUUCUAAACGUCUGCUUUGGACAGGAGGCUGAAGAACGAAAUGGAUUUAAGGUGAGGCCGAUGCGUGUGGGGCACGAGGCGUGUGCUGCGAGUUUGGACGCCACUUUCCGUGUGCCGAUUUACAUGACACACGACUACGUGCAACGCACGAAUGCAUCUCGAUACGAAGCGUUCUUGCCUGCCGUAAUAGAUCUUACUCCUGUCAGCGCUACAGAGGUGGAAGCAGCUCCAAGUGCACGGGAGAUCGUGGCGUGUCCGUAUGGACUGCACUUGCUGGCGAUCUCACUCAGACACGGUGAUGCCACACGCAUAUCGAUAUUUGACCGCAAGUUCGAGCCGAUCACGCAUCCCUCUACAAUGCAAUACACGUUACGGGAAGUUGCGGUUGGAGCUGACGCUAAUGUGGCGACAGGUUCAGUAGAGACGACGGUGUUAGACACGGAUUAUUUCCGGCGAGUGCCGGAGCUGUACAACGCAGUUGAACUGAAGUAUGGAGAUGUUCUCUUUGCCCCAGGCGGCGUCGUCUCGACAAUGCGCUCAGUGACUUCAUCAUCGACUUCGAGAGGAACAAGACUACUCCGUUUCUGCUAUUGUGAUGCUGCCAAUAUUAAGGAAGUGAAGCAGUCUACUGGUCUAGAUGCUCUGCUCAUGACAAGUGAGAGCAAGGAUGAGGGAGUCUAUGCCUUGCUUCAUGCUCUCCAAACUCCAGGCUUCGACCCCUCCUUUUCACGCCGCCCAACAGCCAAUGAUGCGACCUGGAGUACGUUCGUAAAGUGGCCACGUGACCCUGCGUACCUGACCAAGAAAAACCGGAGACAUAGAGCCAAUGGAGACGAGCACGAAGGAGAAGAUGAGCAACUGUCGCGUCGUGAAAGGCUUAAACAUUGGCAAGAUGAUAAGCGAUGGGAACGAUACAUCGCGUCUCUCACGUUGCCCGUGGCGUGGCCACCUAUUGUCGUUAAUACGACUCGCACGACGGCCACGUUGCGCUGGCAGGAGCUCUAUCAGCCACUGAAGCACGAUCUUACCAGCUACGGAUACGAGGUGAGCUGGAAGCGCGAGGAUCAAGCUGGACAAGUGAAGGAAGAGGCUGUAAAUGUGACCCACGAUCAGCUAUCGCGAAGUCGAAUACCUUCGACUCUAUUUGGGGACGAUUUCGAUGGACGUGACCUUGAAGCGGUGAUCACUGGACUGCAAGCUGAGACUGCGUACUCGUUUUCAGUGCGUCUUGUUGUGGGGGAAGCUCAAGGUGCUACGAGUGGAGCUUCUCGUCGCGUUCUCACUAGUCCAUGUGGUCCUCCUUCUCACAUUCGCGGCGUUCCGGGGGUUGUCGGUAUAGAAGAGACGUGUGUGAAUUUACAGUGGCUUGACGCUGAGGACGACGGGGGCAAGAGGAUUGAACUGUAUCUCAUAUCGACAGAGAACUUACCAGAAAGAGGAGAGGAAGGAGACCUCAAUACUGGCAGAGGUGCAGACAAUGGAGCGCUAGUUCGUGAGCAUGAGAAGGUCAUCGCACUGAAUGCCAGUGCUGGUUCCAACCAAGUUGCUCGAGAGAGGUUGAAUUCUGGUGCUACGUGGCUAUCGACAAGAGUCUGUGGUCUAUUCCCCGGAGCUGCUUACACAUUUCGUGUUGCUGCGAUGAAUGUGCUGGGCGCUGGCCAUUGGAGUCAUCGCAGUAACAAAGCUCAAGUCCUCGCUAUUCCGACGCUAAAAGGCGUGGGAGAUUCUGGCUACACGGCUGUAAGUGGCGUCAAUAUCCUCUCGCAAAGUGAACUGUCUGCACUAAUAGCCCAAGAUCCGCAUCGCAUCCUUCGAGCCUCAGGAGUGCAAGCUGAAGACGAAACUUUGACACAUGUGGUGCUCUCCGAUUCAAGAGAACAAGUGCAAAUAUUGUCCAGUAACAACAGCGAAGGGGUCGUGGCAGUGGAGCACACCUUUGAAGCGUGGACGGGGCACUACAGUCCGCGGAUGUUUGACGUGUCAGCGGAGUUGAUUCUGGCUGAUCCACCCGAUGCUUCUCAGCCGUUGAGGAAUUCUCAUGCCGUUCGUGAUCGAAUCUUGCUGGCAGUGCGAGGAGGAGUGCCGUUUGUGUUCAAGGUACACCAUGCACAGCGAGCGGGUGCUUUGGGACUCGUUCUUGCCGAUGCAAACGGAUAUUGUGCGGGUGGAUUUGACCAGAGUUGUGUGCCUGGAUCCGAUAAGAGACGCGGUGAAGGGUUUGCAGCUCGAGAGAAGCAUAUUUUGUGGGAACGAGCGCGUAUUCCGUGCGUGUUGGUGCUGAAGGAGGCAGCACAGCAACUACUGGCACGAUUCGACUCGGGAACUGGAUCAGGCGAAAUGGCUACAUAG